UGAGUAAAAUGGGAAAUAUUUCUUCACCUUUCAAAAACAAGAUAAUAAAGGGAAAAAAAUCAACUUCAAUAAUACGAUUCCAACUAUCAAAAACCAGGGAUCCUGAAUGUUGAAUCUCAUGAGGUGGAAAAAAUUAAAACUCUCUCUCUGUAGAUUAAGGAAAUUUUUUUUUUAUUUGAAACAACCAACCAACUGCUAAAUCCUCUCAACUUUUGUCUUGAAGCACUUUUGUUUGCUUACUCUACUCCCCCUAGUCUUUACUCUUUCACAUUACAGUUCACCUCUCCUUCUCUCGACCAACUUCUCUCUCUUUUUUGGUAAAAUAAACCUGUUUUUAUGAUCUUUUCCGUCCCCUUUUUUAAUAUGAAAAGAUCAUCAGUUUCAAAAGGUGUGCUAGCGAACAAUGAGUAUAACAGGGAGAUAAAGUGGGAGCUGAGACCCGGUGGCAUGCUUGUUCAAAAGAGAGAUGCUGGAAAUGGCUCUUCCAGGGCCAUGAUCAACAUCAAGGUCUCUUAUGGUUCUCAUCUCCAUGACCUCACUGUCCCUGCUCAAUCCACCUUUGGGGAUUUGAAAAGGGUUCUUGCCCAGGAGACUGGUCUGGAGCCAAAAGAGCAGAGAUUGCUAUUUAGGGGUAAAGAGAAAGAUGAUGAAGAAUGUUUACACAUGGUGGGUGUAAAAGAUAUGUCAAAAGUAAUAUUGUUCGAAGACCCGGCUAGCAAAGAGAGGAAACUUGAGGAGAUGAAGAGAAAUCAAAGUAUACUUAAAGCUUAUGAAGAUGUUGCCAAAGUCAGAAUAGAUGUUGAUAAACUUGCAGAGAAGGUUGUUGCCUUAGAGGCAGCUAUUCGUGGUGGCGCCAAGGUUGCGGACAAGGAAUUCAUCGUCUUAACAGAUUUACUUAUGAUGCAGUUGCUUAAACUGGACUCCAUGGAGGUGGAUGGGGAAGCUAAAGCUCAGAGGAGGAUUGAGGUCCGGCGAGUGCAGAGUUUUGUGGACACAAUAGACAGUCUCAAGGCAAGAAACUCUAAUCCCUUCAGCAGUAGUAGCAAUGCAGCAUCACUGAAAACCAAAUGGGAGACUUUCGAGUCCGGAGUCGGAAGCUUAAGCUCUGCAACCCCCUUACAAUCUUCCACAAAAAUAACUCAGGAUUGGGAAGUGUUUGACUGAGAAGGCAAGGAAGCUAAAUAUGUACUUUGAUAUUAAUACUAGACGUUAGACACUGUAACUAUUAGGGCUUUGUUUCCUGCUCUUAGUCACAAAAAGGCUGUUUAAUGGAUGUGUUGAUAGGUUUGAGAUGAAGAUUAAACCUUCUAACUGCUAUGAUAUUGUACAAAGUUGAGAUGGCUUCAA